CUCCGCGCGCUGUGACUCGCAGGGCCACCGCACGCCGCGCGCAUUUCUGAUUAAAGCCCCAGCGCAGCCUGCGUGCAGUGGCAGGGCUGGGCGCAGGGAGAGGAGAGAAGAGGAAAGGAGAGGAGAGGAAAGCGAGAGAAUAGAGAGAGAGAGAGACCCAGGAGGUGGAGGGGCGCUUUCGGAGUGGAGAAGAAGAAGAAAGCGCGACGAACUCCUCACUUAUGGCUGCGUGAGAGAGCGGCUGCUGCGUUCCUGCGUUUUGGGUGCUGUUUUUUUUUCUCCUUCUUCUUCCUUGCCUUUGGAGGGACCAGUCGAUUUGCGCGCAGAUCCUCGCGCCAGCAUGGAGACGAGCAGGUGGCCCACGCGGUGGAAAACGAAGAGGAGGCUCUGGGAGCCCAGCUUUAGUGCACUGGUCACGCUGGCCAUCAUCCUUUUGCCCCAUGCUAGCGCAGCUGAAACCGUGGACGUGCUAAAAGUGUUAGAAUUUCACAACAGCCCUGAAGGAGUGCAGAAGACGUCAGGUUUCUGCAUGAACAGAAGAGCUUCCCAGCCGGACACGGCCUACAGAGUUGGAAAGGCAGCCCAGAUCAGCGCCCCGACCAGACAACUCUUCCCAAACGGAGUGUUCCCUGAGGACUUCUCCAUCAUGACCACCAUUAAACCCAAGGCUGGUCUCCAGUCCUUCCUGCUGUCCAUCUACAGCGAGCGGGGCGUCCAGCAGCUCGGUGUGGAGGUGGGCCGCUCGCCUGUCUUCCUGUAUGAGGAUCAGACCGGAAAACCUGCCCCUGAGGAUUACCCCCUAUUCCGCACCCUCAACCUGGCAGACGGAAAAUGGCACCGUGUGGCUAUCAGCGUGGAGAAGAAAACUGUGACCAUCAUCGUGGACUGUAAGAAAAAGAUCACUAAGCCACUGGGCAGGAGUGACCAGGCUGCCCUGGACACCAAAGGCAUCACUGUGUUUGGCAGCAGGAUUUUGGAUGAGGAGGUUUAUGAGGGUGAUAUCCAGCAGCUGUUGAUCGUCUCUGACCCUAAAGCUGCUUUUGAUUACUGUGAACACUACAGCCCGGACUGUGACACCCCCCACAAAGACAUGCUGCAGGCCCAGGAGCCAGAAGAAGAGUAUACAACUGCUGUAGAUUACGAAUUGUAUGAUUACUAUGACGGACCGGCUACCACCGACACGACAAGCGAGUUUUCCGAGACGCAGCUAAACAACUUAGACGGCGAGUACUAUACUGACAGUGAGCUUGACUACGGAACUGUAGAUGCUACUCAAAUUCAGCCUUCGGUUCCCACCACUGGACCCAAUGAGGCUGUGGAAGAGGAGAUCGUGGACCACUUUGUACCAGAACCGGCCCAGACCGGGCUGGACCCCACGGCCGGCCCAGAGCCCACCCAGCCCGUCGCCACAGGUGCAGACGCGUACGACUUUAAGGAGUAUGACCUUAAGGAGUACGAUGUGAACGAGCUUGACAAAAGCCAGUAUGAGUUUGGGGCGUACGAUGAAUUCGGCAACGCGGCCCCAAACCCUACGGCCACUUACGAGGAUGAGUUUGGGCUCGGAGUGCCGGCCGAAACUGAUGUAGAGGAAACCCAAGUGGGCACGGACGUCGGUGGAGGGGCUUUUCUGGGACAGAAAGGAGAGAAGGGAGAGCCAGCCGUCAUCGAACCCGGAAUGCUGAUCGAGGGGCCCCCAGGAGCGCCUGGUCCUGCUGGUCUUCCAGGACCCCCAGGUCUACAAGGUCCCCCAGGCCCACCCGGAGAUUCUGGUGACAGGGGUCCUGCAGGACGUGCCGGUCUUCCUGGAGCCGAUGGGAUGCCGGGUCCUCCUGGUACCAUGCUGAUGCUGCCUUUCCGUUUCGGUGGUGACGGAGAGAAAGGCCCGGUGGUAUCGGCUCAGGAGGCGCAGGCUCAGGCCAUCCUGUCCCAGGCCAGGCUUGCUAUGAGAGGUCCUCCUGGUCCAAUGGGUCUAACUGGACGGUCUGGCCCUGUGGGUCUUCCUGGUCCUCCUGGUCUGAAAGGUGAAGGUGGAGACCCGGGUCCUCAGGGUCCGAGAGGUGUCCAAGGUCCAUCUGGACAAGUGGGGCAAGCUGGAAAGAGGGGUCGUCCUGGAGCCGAUGGAGCGCGAGGAAUGCCCGGAGAGUCGGGAGCCAAGGGUGACAGAGGAUUUGACGGUCUGCCCGGUCUCCCAGGAGAGAAAGGCCACAGGGGAGAGACUGGGCCUGCAGGACCCCCUGGUGCUCCUGGUGAGGAUGGACAGAGAGGAGAGGAUGGAGAGAUCGGCCCAAGGGGCUUGGCUGGAGAGAGUGGCCCAAGAGGUUUGCUUGGUCCUAGAGGCCCUCCUGGACCUCCUGGACAGCCUGGUGUGGCUGGAGUGGACGGUCCUCAAGGCCCUAAGGGAAACAUGGGACCUCAAGGAGAACCAGGCCCACCUGGCCAGCAGGGCAUUCCAGGGACACAGGGGCUGCCUGGACCUCAAGGCCCCAUCGGACCCCCAGGAGAAAAAGGUCCUCAGGGUCGAUCGGGGUUGCCCGGGUUACCUGGUUCUGAUGGACCUCCUGGUCAUCCUGGCAAAGAGGGUCCACCGGGAGAGAAAGGAGCUUUGGGUCAGCUGGGUCCUCAGGGGCCGAUUGGCUACCCGGGGCCGCGCGGAGUGAAGGGAGCCGACGGAGUCCGUGGCCUGAAAGGAGGCAAAGGAGAGAAGGGUGAGGAUGGCUUCCCCGGCUUUAAAGGAGACAUGGGGCUCAAAGGAGACAGGGGUGAGCUCGGUGUGCUUGGACCCAGAGGUGAGGAUGGUCCUGAAGGUCCGAAAGGCCGUGCAGGUCCUCCAGGUGAAUCGGGACCCAUGGGACUGGCUGGAGAAAAGGGUAAACUGGGCGUUCCUGGACUGCCCGGCUACCCAGGAAGACAGGGUCCGAAGGGUUCGACCGGUUUCCCUGGAUUCCCAGGAGCCAACGGAGAGAAAGGUGCCAGGGGUGUAGCGGGAAAACCCGGUCCAAGGGGGCAAAGAGGUCCAACGGGGCCACGUGGGGCUCGGGGUGCCAGGGGUCCGACUGGAAAGCCAGGUCCUAAGGGCACAUCGGGCAAUGAUGGUCCACCUGGCCCGCCCGGAGAGAGAGGACCUCAAGGACCCCAGGGACCCGUUGGCUUCCCAGGACCGAAGGGCCCCCCUGGACCACCUGGAAAGGACGGGUUGCCCGGUCACCCUGGCCAGCGGGGGGAGACGGGUUUCCAAGGCAAAACUGGUCCUCCCGGCCCUGGAGGUGUUGUCGGCCCACAGGGUCCAACCGGAGAAACAGGCCCCGUUGGUGAGCGAGGACACCCUGGACCUCCGGGACCUCCCGGAGAGCAAGGACUUCCAGGUGCAGCAGGGAAGGAGGGCGCUAAGGGAGAUCCAGGUCCUCAGGGUCCUCCUGGGAAAGACGGACCCCCUGGACUGAGAGGAUUCCCCGGAGAACGAGGACUUCCUGGAGCACCGGGUCCGGCUGGUUUGAAAGGAGGCGAGGGUCCUCAGGGUCCUCCCGGCCCUGUUGGUUCACCUGGUGAGAGAGGUGCUGCUGGACCUGCUGGUCCAAUCGGAUUGCCAGGACGCACUGGACCUCAGGGUCCCCCAGGACCAGCUGGAGAGAAAGGCGCCCCUGGUGAGAAAGGCCCACAGGGUCCUGCUGGUCGUGAUGGAGUCCAAGGUCCAGUUGGUCUGCCAGGUCCCCCUGGACCCCAGGGACCACCAGGAGAGGACGGUGACAAGGGAGAAGUGGGUGAGCCAGGACAGAAGGGAAGUAAAGCUGACAAAGGUGAACAGGGUCCACCAGGCCCGGCUGGUCUGCAGGGUCCUAUCGGAGCGCCAGGACCUGCGGGAGCUGAUGGAGAGCCCGGUCCACGUGGGCAGCAGGGUAUGUUUGGGCAGAAGGGAGAUGAAGGAUCCAGAGGCUUCCCCGGACCCCCUGGCCCCAUCGGCCUGCAGGGUCUUCCCGGACCACCAGGUGAAAAAGGAGAGAACGGAGAUGUUGGUCCAAUGGGUCCGCCUGGUCCACCUGGCCCGAGAGGUCCGCAGGGUCCUAGCGGAGCGGACGGCCCUCAAGGUCCCCCAGGAGGCAUCGGAGCCAUGGGAGCAGUGGGAGAGAAGGGAGAGCAAGGUGAAGCUGGCAAUCCUGGACCUCCUGGAGAGCCUGGAACUGGAGGCCCUAAGGGUGAGAGAGGAGAGAAGGGCGAAGCGGGACCACCUGGUGCUGCUGGACCUGCCGGACCUAAAGGACCACCCGGAGAUGACGGCCCCAAGGGUAACCCUGGACCUGUUGGCUUCCCUGGAGACCCUGGUCCUCCUGGUGAGCCUGGCAUUGCUGGAACUGAUGGCAGCCCUGGAGAGAAGGGAGAGGAUGGUGAAGCUGGUCAACCUGGUCCUCCUGGUCCAUCUGGAGAAGCUGGCCCACCAGGACCUCCAGGCAAGAGAGGACCCCCAGGAGCAGCAGGAGCCGAGGGCAGGCAAGGAGAGAAAGGAGCCAAGGGUGAGCCGGGUGCUGAAGGUCCUCCAGGCAAAACUGGUCCAGUGGGACCCCAGGGACCUCCCGGUAAGCCAGGUCCUGAGGGUCUGAGAGGAAUCCCUGGCCCUGUGGGUGAACAAGGACUUCCUGGAGCUUCUGGACAAGAUGGCCCACCUGGACCCAUGGGACCCCCUGGUCUGCCUGGCCUGAAAGGUGACCCCGGCUCGAAGGGUGAGAAGGGUCAUCCUGGUCUGAUUGGUUUGAUUGGACCUCCUGGUGAACAGGGAGAGAAAGGAGACCGUGGUCUGCCUGGACCGCAAGGCACUCCUGGACCUAAGGGUGAUGGCGGUAUAGCUGGAGCUGCUGGACCCAUCGGCCCACCUGGACCUCCUGGACUGCCUGGUCCACAAGGGCCAAAGGGAGCCAAAGGGUCGUCAGGUCCUGCAGGUCAGAAGGGAGACACAGGCGUGGUCGGACCCCCUGGACCUCCCGGUCCUCCGGGUGAGAUCGUCCAGCCGCUGCCCAUCCAGUCGCCCAAAAAGACCCGGCGCUCCAGCGACAUGCAGGCCGAUGAGGCCACCAUCAUGGAUUACGGCGAGGGCAUGGAGGACAUCUUCAGCUCCCUCAACAACCUCAAACAGGACAUUGAGCGCAUGAAGUACCCAAUGGGCACUCAGAACAACCCGGCCAGGACCUGCAAGGACCUCCAGCUGUGCCAUCCUGAGUUCCCCGACGGUGAAUAUUACAUUGAUCCUAACCAGGGAUGCUCUGGCGAUUCCUUCAAAGUGUACUGCAACUUUACAGCAGGCGGUGAGACCUGCAUCCACCCUGAUAGGAAGUCCAGCGGAGUGCAGAUGUCCUCCUGGUAUAAAGAGGUGCCUGGGUCGUGGUACAGUUCAUUUACACACGGCCAGCUAUUGUCUUAUGUGGAUGCUGAGGGUAACUCAAUAAACCCAGUGCAGAUGACGUUCCUCAGACUACUGACAGCCUCGGCGAGGCAAAACUUCACCUACAGCUGCCACCAGUCUGUGGGCUGGCAGGAUGCCACAACAGACAGCUACCACAAAGCCCUGCGCUUCCUGGGAUCCAACGAUGAGGAGAUGUCCUACGACAACAGCCCCUACAUCAAAGCCCUCGUAGACUCCUGCGCAACGAGAAAGGGCCACGGAAAGACUGUGAUCGAGAUAAACACGCCCAAAAUCGAUCAGGUUCCCGUCGUAGACGUCAUGCUGAGCGACUUCGGGGAUCCUAACCAGAAGUUUGGAUUCGAAGUCGGUCCGGCCUGCUUCCUUGGCUAAAUUAAGAUAAAAACAACGAAAGAAUGACACCAAGAAAAAGAAAAACUUGACAGGGAAGGACGGGUCAGCACAAGAGACUUUUUUUUUUUCCAAGACUAUUUUUGUUAUUUUUAUUUUUAUUUUUUAUUUUUUGGUACCACCAAACCAUCCGGCCUCCGUUUGUCGCCACAUGCAAGUGCAAGUUUUGAACAGGAGAGACGAGACGGCAUCGUCGUGUUUGCGUACAUCACCCGGGAGAACCCGCCUCGUCCUCGGAGGGACGAGCAAGACACGCGAGCUGUUUACGGAGGGAAGAAAGUGAAGGAAGAUGAAAAGGAGUGGCAGAGCGGAGAGCUGGAGCGCGGGGGGGGAGUCGGCGGAGAGAAAGAGAGCGAGAGAGAAAGAGAGUGACCCCCCCCCCGCCAAACGGAGUCUAUCGGUGCUGUGCAACAAAUCAAAAAAAAGAUAUACAGAAAAGACAACAAUGGUGCUUGAUCAAAAUACAAAUAAUAAUGAUAAUGAAUAAAUAAAUAUGAGGUGCUAAGAGAAAAAGAAGGUGUAUUUUGAUAAAACUGUAAUUAUUAUUUUGUACAUUACUGUUCUUUCUGAUUCCACUUUUCAAAACUUGCAUGUGUAUCAGGCUCCUAGCAGAGAAAACCAGACAGACAGACAAACAGAACAUCUCUAAAUUAAAGAACCGAGUAAAUAAAGAGAUAAUAUUUUGUGAUAAAUACUGUGUACCUAUUGUUAAGCGAAAUAAAAGCGAGCAUUCAAACGAUUCCAUAUUUCCUAGUUAUAAUGGAUGUCCUUUUGUAUAUACUGACCGCCCAGUGAAAACAUAACACCUCGGCCAGGAAAGAGGCGCCAGCGCGGCGCAGAGCGGCGCAGAGCGACGGCUUUCACUAACGCCGCUCGCCGUGCUUGUUGUUCCAGAGCGAUCGUGCCGUUCGUCCAACUUCUAUUUAAGUUUGAACUUUUAUUUUAUUUUCCUCCUCUUCGUUUUUGUUUGUUUUUCCUUCGGUCAUAUACCUCAUCCUUUCUUAAUAUCCAUAGAGAAGAGAGGCCGGCGUGCCCUGUAUAUACCUUGGUUACACAGUUAAGUUUAUAUAUUUUGGGUGGGGAAUUUUUUAUGAGAAUUUAAAAUAAAAAAGAAAGAAAGAAAGAAAUAACGGCCCCUUCUGUUCCAAAAAGGUCUUCUGUGAAAAUGAUAUAUGCAAUGAUAUGCUCUUUUUCAGUGACCCCUCUUUUUUGUAACUAAAAUGAGAAAAUUGUUUGUGCUUUUUAUGGUUCAUCUAAAUAUUAAAAAACUGGAUUCCAAAA